AUGGCGACUGCGGCUUGGCAUCUGGGCAGCUCGGUCGCAAAGUGGGGACUCAGGCCCCUGGUGGUUCCGGUCGUGGGGCUUGUUUCCCAGCGGGCCCUCUCGGUGCUGCCGGUCAAUGAUGAGAUCAAGGGGCUAAAUGAGGAACAGAAGCAGCUUUGCCAAAACAUGGCUAAGUUCCUUCAGGAGUAUUUGGCCCCCAAAGCCCAGGAGAUUGAUCAGAACAAUGAGUUCAAGAACCUUCGAGAGUUUUGGAAGCAGCUGGGGAACCUGGGUGUCUUGGGCAUCACAGCCCCUGCUCAGUACGGGGGCUCUGGGCUGGGGUACCUGGAGCAUGUGCUGGUGAUGGAAGAGAGAUUCCGAGCAUUGGCAGCAGUGGGGCUCAGCUACGGUGCCCACUCCAACCUCUGCAUCAACCAACUCGUGUGCAAUGGGAAUGAAGCCCAGAAGGAAAAGUACCUCCCUAAGCUGAUCAGCGGGGAGUACAUUGGUGCACUGGUCAGGAGUGAGCCCGAUGCAGGUUCCAACGUCGUCUCCGUGAAGCUAAAAGCGGAAACGAAAGGGGAUCAUUACAUCUUGAGUGGCGACAAGUUCUGGAUCACCAAUGGCCCCGACGCAGACGUCCAGAUCGUGUACGCCAAGACAGAUCCAGCUGCCGUGCCAGCUUCCCGCAGUAUCACCGCCUUCAUCGUGGAGAAGGGCAUGCCUGGCUUCAGCACCUCCCAGAAGCUGGACAAGCUGGGGAUGUGGGGCUUUAACACCUGUGAUCUGGUCUUUGAGGGCUGUAAGAUUCCUGCACUCAACAUUCAGGGCCACCUGAGUAAGGGUGUGUACUUGCUGAUGAGCGGGCUGGACCUGGAGCGGCUGGUGCUGUCCCGUGGGCCCACUGGGAUCAUGCAGGCCGUCCUCGACCACACCAUCCCCUACCUUCACAUGAGGGAAGACUUUGGCCAGAAGAUCGUCCACUUCCAGUUGAUGCAGAGGAAGAUGGCUGACAUGUACAUCUGGCUCAUGGCCUGUCGGCAGCAUGUCUACAAUGUCGCAAAGAAUAUAGAUGGACAGCUUGACAGAGAAAAGUUACUUGUAGUUUACGACAUGAGUCAAGAUAUGCCAAAAUAA